UUCCUCUAUGGGACCAUGGCUAAUUUCCAUGGAAGAACCAAAGCACUUACAAUCACCAUCAUCAUUGCCACCAUUUCACCGUACCAAGCUCUAGUACGAGCAGGUCAUCGUCUAAAACAGCUAAAACAAGUGCACGCCCACCUGAUCAUCUCUGGUGCUCAUCGCAACUUAUCUUUGUUCACUAAACUCACCAUUUUAGCUUGUUCUUCUCCUUCCUCCAUAAAGUACGCUAAAAAACUCUCUUUGGCAAUCCCAAAUCCAGAUUCUUAUCUCUUUAAUUCCCUUAUCAGAAUCUCUUCCAAACUUGGUUUCUUGAACGACGCCGUUUUCUUCUACAAACACAUGAUUUUAUGUUUGAUUCCGCCCACAAACUAUACUUUUACUUCUUUGAUCAAAUCUUGUGCUAAUGUUUGUGCCUUUAAAUUGGGUAAAUCUGUACAUUCACAUGCCGUGAUUAAUGGAUUUAGCUUAGAUUCCUUUGUUCAAACUUCUUUGGUUUCUUUUUAUGGGAAAUGUAGUGAAGUUGGUAGUGCUCGUAAGGUGUUCGAUGAAAUGCCUAACAAAAGUAUUGUUGCUUGGAAUGCUAUGAUUUCUGGCUAUGAACAAAAUGGGUUGUGUAAAGAUGCUGUUGACUUGUUUGGUUUGAUGGUAAACUCGGGUUUUCAUCCUGAUUCGGUUACUUUUGUUGGGGUUUCAUCGGCAUGUGCUCAAUUGGGUGCAUUGGAGUUAGGUUCUUGGGUUCAUGAUUACAUAGUUAAACAUGGUUCUGAGGUCGAUGUUGUGCUUGGGACAUCAUUGAUUAACAUGUAUGCUAGAUGUGGGAAUGUGAGAAAAGCAAGGGAAGUAUUUGAUGUGAUGAAAGAUAAAAAUGUUGUUGCUUGGACUGCUAUGAUAUCAGGAUAUGGAAUCCAUGGGUAUGGUAAAGAAGCUAUAAAGAUAUACAAUUCAAUGCAAAAUUAUGGACCUUCUCCAAAUGAAGUUACUUUUGUGGCUAUCUUAUCAGCUUGUGCUCAUGCUGGGAUGGUAAAUGAAGGUCGAUCAAUAUUUUCGAGCAUGAGAAAUGAUCAUGGUGUGGUGCCUGGAGUUGAACAUCAUGUAUGUAUGGUUGAUUUGCUCGGAAGAGCUGGCUUGCUCAACGAUGCAUACGAACAUGUUAGGGUGCUAAAGAGACCGAGUCCUGCAGUUUGGACUGCAAUGCUUGGAGCUUGUAAGAUGCACAAAGAUUUCAAUCUAGGAAUUGAAGCAGCUGAAGAACUCUUAGCAUUGGAGCCAGAAAAUCCAGGGCAUUAUGUUACAUUAUCAAAUGUAUAUGCAUUAGCUGGUAAAAUGGAAAGAGUGGAAAAAGUUAGAAACAUAAUGAUCAAGAAAAAGUUGAAGAAACAUGUUGGUUAUAGCACAAUAGAAGUUGAUCAAAGGACUUAUUUGUUUAGCAUGGGAGACAAGUCUCAUCCUGAAUCCAUCGAGCUUUACGGGUACUUGGAUGAUCUAAUGAGGAGGAUUAGUGAAGUCGGGUAUGUCUCAACUCGAGAGUCGGUCCUUCACGAGUUGGAAGAAGAGGAGACGGAGUAUGCUCUUCGAUAUCACAGCGAAAAGCUCGCAUUGGCGUUUGGACUGAUGAAGUGUAAGAAUGAUGCAUCUGUAAUUAGGAUUGUGAAGAACUUGAGAAUGUGUGAGGAUUGUCAUUUGGCAAUUAAGUUGAUUUCUAGUAUUAUUAAGAGAGAAAUUGUAGUCAGAGAUAAGCUUCGUUUUCAUCAUUUUAGAGACGGAGUAUGUUCUUGUGCUGAUUAUUGGUAAUUUGUAAUAUCAGCAGAUGGAAAUACAGUUUUGAUUUACAGAGCA